AUGAAGGCCACUCACAAAGAUCGGUCUAAAUAUUGCAGGUUCCAUCGGGGCUACAGUCAUGACAACACGAAGGACUAUCGUGACCUCCAGAAUCAAAUAGAGGCGUUGAUCCGAAGAGGCCACCUCGGACAUUACCUCAAAUCCCCGGAGGUGACUCCACGCCCCAAGGGACCCGUCGAGAGACAAAUCGACGUCAUCUCCGAGGGACCAACGGCUAGUGGCAGCAGCUCUACAGCGAGAAAGGCCUACGCCCGCAGCACUGUCGAGAAACGUCCCUGGCCUGAGCUUGAGCCCGAAAUCACCUUCGGGGCCGGGGAGGCCGAGUGCUCCCACCAUGACAACACUCUGGUGAUCUCCAUCCAGAUCGCCAAUGCCCGAGUUAAGAGGUUGAUGGUUGACACCGGGAGCUCCGUCAACGUUCUUCUUUACUUCGACGCCUUCGAGAAGCUCGGCUUGACCAAGGGAGACCUUACCCCUAUUGUUGGGAAAUCAUUGGGGGGAUUCACAUGGGACUCCGUUUCCCCGCUCGGGACCACGGUCCUCCCCAUUACCAUUGGGGAGGAGGUGAGGGCGAAGACGAUAAUGAUCACCUUCAUGGUAGUCGACCUGCCCUCAGCCUACAACGUCAUCCUCGGCCGCCCAACGCUCAACAAGAUAAAGGCGGUGAUCUCUACCUAUCAUAGGACCAUCAAGUUUCGGACCUUUGCAGGAAUCGAGGAGGCUCAAAGUGACCCAGGGGAGUCAAAGUGA